AUGGCAGAACCCCUCCACGUCGGCAUCUUAACAUCAGGAGCCCAUCCAGUCCAGACAAUUUACCUCCCGGCCCUCAACGCCCUACCAAAACUCUACACCAUCGAGGCUAUAUACUCCUCCGAACCGGAGUCCUCAUCUUUAUUCCCAUCCCCAUGCCUAAAUGAAAUUCUCACGUCCCCUUCCAUAAACCUAAUCCUCAACUUCAUGCCAAAUGAGUACCAUGAACUCUACACAAUCGCCGCCCUCCAAGCAGGCAAACAUGUCAUGGUCGAAACGCCUGUCAGCUUAAGUAUCCCCUCCGCAAGGCGCAUCCUCGACGCCGAGCGGGAAGCCCCGAAUGGGGCCCGGGUGUUUGUUGCGAGCGCCAGGCGGUACGCACCUUGCUUUGAGAGCGUCUUUAAGGAGGAGGUUUCUGGGAUGGAAAGGAUCCACUACGCGCGGUUGAGGAUGAUUGCCGGACCACAUGUGGCGCAUACGGCGACUAAUAGCACUACCCUUGCCGGUAACAACAACAACAAUAGUAAUAGCCUGAGGGUCCCAGAAUCCGGUAGAGGCACCAAUGGCUAUAAUGACUAUAACGAGAAUACCACGACACGAGACCAAAACGACCAGAAACUAGCAGCAAGCAGCGAAGACAGAACAGCUCGUCUCCGCGGCCUAAUGGAGGAGGUCUUCGGUGAAGAUGAACAACCGAACCAAGAGCGUGUUGCGCUGAGCCGCUUCCUUGCCUCGCUGGGUUGUCACGAUCUCGGUCUCAUGCGAGACACCCUAGGGUACCCUGAUGCGGUGUCGAAUAUCUCCGUUAACGAACCAUUCUACUCAGCACUGUUUCACUACAACGGGGGCAUGAGCGAACUCCACCCCUUUACGUUAAUGUAUGAAACCGGGACGGACGGUGUGCCGCGGUGUGAUGCGCAAUUGGCGGUAUAUGGACAAAACAAGACAGUAACAAUACACUAUGACCUGCCGUAUGCACGAGGGCAGCCGGUGCGUGUCGUUGUUGAGAAGGCAGAUGAGCGCGGAGGGUUGAUGCAGACCGAGACGGUGAGUACGUGGGAGGAGGCCUACGAGCAGGAGUUGAAGGCGUUAUAUGCGUACUUGGUUGAGGGAAAGGAGGCAAAGACGACGGCGAAGGAUUCCUUGCAGGAUAUUAAGCUGUUCCAGACGAUAUUUGAACAAUAUAACCGGCAGUGUGGAACAAUUCGUACUCCGCUCGGUUAA